AUGUCUUCUCUGGAGAAGGAGCCAGAGCCGUCGAUGUCGAUGGAAUCAACCCCAACUCCUUUGCUUCCCGAUGAUUUGCUAUUGAGCUGCUUCGCACGUGUCUCUAGAUUGUAUUAUCCGACCCUCUCCCUCGUCUCCAAGCGUUUUCGAUCUCUCCUUACUUCACCGGAGCUUUACAAGGCCCGGACACUCUUGGGCCAUACCGAAAAUUGUCUCUAUGUGUGCUUUGAGUCCUAUCCACGUUCUCUCUGGUACACUCUCUGCCUAAAACCUAAUCAAACCCUAAUUAACGACACAAGUGACUGGGAGGAUAAGAAAAAGAAGAAGAAUGAGUCAAGUGGGUAUGUUUUGGCUAGAGUCCCAAUUCCAAGCUCUCCUCGUGUGCGCUUUCCGGGUCUCGUGGCGGUUGGUUCUGAUAUCUACGGAAUUGAAGAUGGCAUCCCCUACUUCGAAAAAAAGGAAGAACGCUCCUCCUCUAACGUCUGGAUUCUAGAUUGCCGGAUUCACACGUGGUGCGAGGCUCCAAGCUUGCCGGUGAAGCUAAUGACACUUUCUGCUAGCUUUCUUGAUGGAAAUAUAUAUGUAGCAGGAAGUAGCUACAAAGACGGCAACUGGAAGAACACAAUAGAGGUUUUCGACACAAAAACACAGAUUUGGGACACUGAGAGCAUCGACCCUUGCAGCGAGACAAAAUGCAAUUUCAAUAACUCGAGAAGCGCAUGUAUUGACGGAAAGUUGCACGUGCUGCAGAAUAGGGAAGAGACGGUUGCUUACAAUUCCAAGGAGAGUGAAUGGGACUUGGUUGGAGGAGAGAUGGGACAUUAUAAGAUUUAUUAUUCUUAUUGCGUGAUAGAGAAUGUUAUGUACUCUCUUAAUUCUAACGGAGUAUUGAGAUGGUAUGACACUGAUGUAAGCAGGUGGAGAUGUUUGACGGGUUUGGAAGGACUACCUGAGUUCCUUCAUGACGCUCGUAUUAGAUUGGCUGAUUAUGGUGGAAAGCUUGCGGUUUUGUGGGAAGGCAAGAUAGAGAAUGAUCCGUAUGAUUUAAGGCAAGGGGGCGGCUAUAACAAGAUUUGGUAUGCGGAGAUUGCGCUUGAGAGACGGCAAAAAGGACGUGAGAUUUGGGGGACAGUUGAGUGGCUUGAUAAUGUGCUCACAGUCCCUAAAUCAUGUAAUCUCGUGAAGGUUCUUGCGGUUACUGUUUGA